AUGAUGGACAUCAAUUCUCUCCUUUCACCGCAGGAUGCGAACUCACAAUCCGGUCGCACCACGCAGGUUACUGGGUCCUCCUCGCUCGGUAAUACGUCCGUCCCUCCUACAGUUCCGACUUCCAAGCCUGUAACGAAGGGUCGCCGUGCUGCGAACAGAGCCGUAAUGACCUCGUCGCCUCUCGCGCAACAUGUUUUCGCUCCCUCCCGCAUGUCUGAACCCCCCCCUCCGACGGCGAUGAGUCCUGUUGUUGGUCCUAAUAUGGGCAGUGGAAGCGGAACGCCUCCAGCGACGGAUUUGCCGCCCUCCCGACAGCCUUCCACGCCCGGAAUGGACGCACUUGCUGACCUCGCUUCUAUGCAACACCAUCAACCGCAGCGGCCCAAUCCUACAAUCCUACGGAGCACUGAAUCUUACGAGAGCCAACUCUCCCCCUCCACAAUGUACCCGAAUGUGAACUCGAUUUCGCACAAUACCCCCACUCCACGAUCUUCUUUUGAUAUCGCCAUGUCGGACGGUCCGCGGGAGAGCGCCCGAAGAAACUAUGUGGAUACAUCUUUACUUCCCGACGCUCAACGGGUAGCGACGGAUUUGUUUUCGCGGAUCCAGGAUAAUCCCCAAUCAUACGAGGCGCAUGUCAACUUCGUUCAGUUGCUGCACGCUGGUUUCGUUAACCAUGUGUACCCACCAAACAAUCCGGAUAUACAUGGGGAACCCCGGAAAUACGAUCUUCUCAAAGAUAUGAGGACCGCCCGUGAGGAGAUGGACAAAUUGUUUGCCAUGGGUGAGGACCUCUGGGCAGAAUGGAUUCAAGAUGAAAGUAUGCUGGCGUCAUCGGUAGAAGAACGUAUCGCAGUGAUGGAACUCUGCCAGCGAUCAAUCGAGGAAGAAUAUGGAAGUACUAAGCUCUGGGCCAUUUAUGGAGAAUGGGUUCUGUAUCUGUACAACUCCGCCCACGGAGAUGCAAGCCAAAGUCAAUGGACAGAGGAGGAUAGGCUGGUAGGCCGUGAAGUUUUCUCCUGGCAGUCCGUGUUGGAUACUUGGCACAGAGGUGCUGAGGCAACAAGAUGGAGAAUACACGACAGCCACUUGGUCUGGGACCGGCUGCUCGACUUCCAAAUGCAAGACAUUUCCCGCAAUCCAUCCCAGGAUAGGAUCGAGCGCGUGAGGGAUCUUUUCGAUAUCCGACUGCAGACGCCUCACGCCACUUGGGACCAGACCUUCCAGGCGUUUUCCGGGUUUGUUUCGACCUACUAUAAUUCGACUUAUGAAAAUAUCAUGGCAGAGACCGCUGGACGAUAUGCUAGCUUGGUGAAGGACCAGUAUUCAGCCCGCGAAGACUUUGAGAUUAAGCUCCGAAAUGUGGCUGAAUCUGGUGACCGCGCCCAGGAAUGGGCUCUGUUCUCCGAAUACAUCGAAUGGGAACUCAGCCGUAAUCGUCGGAAACACCAUUCUAAUUUCGAUCUUGCCAAUUCCGUUUAUCAACGCGCUGCCUUGCGAUUUCAAACCGAUUCCAGCAUAUGGGAGGACUUCAUUAUGUUCCUCAUCGAUGAAUCUCUGCAUGGAAAUGCAAAUACCACGACGAUAUCAACGCUAGACCGUGCGACUCGACACUGUCCUGGCUCUGGUACCCUGUGGUCCCAGUAUUUACUCAGUUCGGAGAGAGAAGGCCAGCCCUUUUCUAAAAUUGCCGACAUUAAGCACAAAGCAACGAGCACAGGUCUACUCGAUGUCGGGGGAAUGGAAGAGGUUCUCAAGGUGCAUACUUCCUGGUGCAGCUACCUUCGUCGACGCGCUUUCCUCUCCGAUGCCACAGACGAGGACCUUGAUGUUGCAGAGGUGGGAAUCCGCUCUGCGAUUGAGAGCGUCCAAGAGUUGGGCGAAAAGAAGUACGGUCGAUCCUACCAGGGUGAUCCCCUUUUCCGCCUCGAACGUAUCUACAUCCGCUACUUAAGUGAGAGCGGAAGCUGGGACAGUGCACGUGAAACAUUCAAGGGUCUUGUUGGACGUCGUGGUAACAGCUACGAGUUCUGGCUCACCUACUACCAUUGGGAAUUGGUUUCAUGGAGCAAAUUUGUUCAGGGGGAGGCAACUGUUGACGCUGCUCGCCGGACUCCUAACCCCAGCUAUGCGACAGCGGUGCUAAAGCAAGCUGUCAAAAGGGCAGACCUAGAUUGGCCGGAAAAAGUCAUGCAAACCUAUAUUGCUCACUGCGAGGACUAUGAAGACUCUGAAGAAUUGCAGCUUGCGAUCCUGGAAACCCGAAAGGCCAUGAGAAUGGUCAACAAUCGCCGCGAACGUGAGGCCCGAGAAGCCGCGGCUCAACAGGCCGCGCCAUUGGAGGAGGCUCCGCAGGCGGAAAAGAGGAAACGAGAGGAUGAAAUGAGCGUAAAUGGCUUGCCUACCAAGAAAGCUCGCGCAGAGUCAGUGGCUUCAGAUGAGACAGUGGCUCUUCGCCGGGAUCGUGAACAUUCGACUAUUGUGGUCAAGAACCUGCCUCGCAGCAUAACCGAACACAAAGUGCGACAGUUUUUCCGUGACUGCGGUGCGAUUAACGGGGUCAAAAUGAUGGCUGGCGAAGAUGGAAACUCGGAGGUAGCCAUGAUUGAGUUCAACUCGCGAGACGAUGCAGUUGCUGCUCAAACUCGGGAUCAGAAAAUCAUCGAUGGUAACAUUAUUGAGGUCCAUUUUGGAUCCGAAAGCACUGUCUUUGUCACGAACUUUCCGCCCACAGCUGACGAGAAGUACAUUCGUGAUAUGCUCAGUACCCAUGGUGAGAUAGUGGACAUUCGAUUCCCAUCCUUGAAGUAUAACACACAUCGGCGAUUCUGUUAUGUUCAAUUUAAAACGUCCGCAGCUGCCCACAGUGCUACCAAACUCGACGGGUCUACUGUCGGUAAUGGCCUCCAUCUCGUCGUCAAGAUCUCCAAUCCCUCGCGAAAACAGGAUCGUCAUGGCCCGAUGUACGAAGGACGCGAAGUCCACGUUUCGAAUAUCGAUUGGAAGGCGACAGAGGAUGACUUGAAGGAGUUGUUUUCUAAAUAUGGUACGAUCGAGCUGGUUCGCAUUCCAAAGAAGGUCGAUGGUGGUAGCAAAGGUUUUGGGUAUAUUAUUUUCAGUUCCAAGGAGGAAGCAACGGCCUCUCUUGCAAUGGACGAACAAGAGUUCCGAUCACGCGUACUGCAUGUGAGGAUUUCAACUCCUCAGGGCGCAAAGCGUACUGCUGUGGCUAUCGUGUCUCGUGUUGGAAAGUCGCAGUCCCCCGGCCCGGAGAUGAACGGUGCCAGGGGUGCCUCCGUUGAGGUGGAUGAAUCAAGUGGUGAGCGCGCCGCCCGCACGCUUGGCUUAAUGAACAUUCCCGACACAGUGAACGACGCCCGGAUCCGCGCCUUGGUUGAGCCAUUCGGGAAGCUGGUGAAAAUCAUUUUGCGCCCCGACCAUCAAGGAGCGAUUGUAGAAUUUGCAGAUAUCAAACACGCGGGCAAAGCUUCGCUUGAACUGGAGGGCCAGGAGAUCACGCCCGGCCGUAGACUUCAGGUUGGGACUGUUCGGGAAAUGCUGAAGCAAUCAGCGGAACGGAAACCGGGAGUCAGCCAGCAUGCGAAGCCCAAGGAGAAGAAUCCAGUAUCGCUUCCGGCGACGGUGCCGAUCAAACGGCCGCCGCAGCCGGGGUCGCGAGGAGGGAAACGCGGCGGAUUGGGAGUGAAGCGCGGGAUCGCUCCAGUGUCCGGGAUGGGCGGGCAGACGAAUAGCACGAGUAUAACGACGAUGAAAGCCACGACAGAGAGUCCCUCCCGCGGGGAGGGUAGUAAAAAUCCAAAGAGCAAUGAUGACUUCCGUGCGAUGAUCCAGCGGAGUCAGGGGGGAUCAAAAUCAUGA